UAAUAGAUUUCAAAAGUCAGUCUUUCGACCCUAGGCUCACUUUCCGCCGGACAGCCCUCGUAACACACUGUAUAUAUUCAUAGGGAAUGCGUAAUCUCUCUUCACCAGACUAUUUCAACACUCUGUAUGCAUCAAAAGUUAACAGGUCAUUAAAAAAUCGUAAAGGAAGUCUUUUUUGGAAAAUACGCUCUGAGACCUAGGAAGUUGAGUGCUCUGCUAAAUUUGUGAUUUAUUUGUUAUCAGUGAUGCAAGGUUACCCAAAAUUGUAUAGUUAUCUCAUGAACGCGAUAUGUUAUCUUUGCAACAAGUGAACUUUGUAAGAGACAUCUGCGAAGGUAGAGUGCGAAGGUCAUUUUACGUAGAACAUCUUAUCAGGAGAUGUUCAACGUAAAAUGACCUUCGUGUUUUUUUAGGUAGAAAGUGCGUACCAAAGGUAAAUUGUGUAUUAUUAUCUUGGUCGAAAAGUCCAGAAAUAAAUUACUUGUCCAUAGUUCCUCACCGUUGAAGUUUGCUUUAAAAAUGGUGACAGAAAACACGCUCGAGUCUGAAAUAAAAUCCUGGUUGGACAUAAUUUUAGAAAAAGAAAAUUUGAAAAAUCUCUCCGUACAAAUAUCAGGAAAAACAGAGAAGGGUGAUGGUUACAUAGGUGACGUAGUGUUUGCCCGUGCUGCUGGAACCGCCGAAAACGAAUCAACAAAAGAAUACGAUUUGGUACUGAAAUGUAGUAAAUCAAGCCAGGCGUUGCGAGAAGAUCGAAGGUUUAUAGACACCUUUAUAAACGAAAUGUAUAUUUACGAUAAAAUUUUACCCCUUUUUAUACAAUUUCAACACGACAGAGGAAUAAGUGAAGUGUUUAAGAAUAUCCCCAAAUCUUACGGAACCUUGGCGCUAGAAAACAGGGAAGUGGUAGUGCUUGAAAAUUUGAAAAGUAUCGGUUAUGAAUUAUGGCCCAGGCAAAAACCUCUGACAAGAAAACACAUUGAUUUGGUGAUGCAAGCGUAUGGAAAAUACCAUGCUACAUCGAUUGCGUUUAAGCAACAAGAACCAGAGAAAUACCAAGAAAUUGUAAAUACACUGCGAGAAAAUUUGAAAAGUUUCGCAAAAAGUGGGCCAGGUCUGACUACUAUGAAAAAGUGCGUUGAAGAUGCUUACGAAAUUCUCAAAAAUGAUUUGGAUGAGAGCACAUUACUAAAGUGGAAAAGUCUGGGUGAUAACAUCCAAAGUGUUCUUGAGGAAAUUCGAAACGCAGAAGCUAUGAAUGUUAUUCUUCAUGGCGACUGUUGGAGCAACAAUUUCAUGUAUAAAUACGAGGAUGAGGAUAAGUCAAUACCGACAGAAGUUGUUAUUCUUGACUGGCAACUAGCAAGACCGGCGGUUUUGAUUUGUGAUUUAUCAUAUUUUUUGUUUUGUUGUAUAUCUGAAAACGAUAUUCAUAAUAUGGAAGAUGUUUUAAAUGUUUACUAUAAACAUUUUUCUGAGCAUUUAGCCGAAUUUGGAAUUGAUUCGAAUGUGUUGUAUCCGUUAAAUCAACUUAUGGAUGACUGGAAAAAAUACUGCAAAUAUGGAAUUAUGUUUGCAAGUAUGUUACUAAGAAUUACUGCAAUUGGGAAAGAAGACGUUGUGGAUGUAGCUGAAGCAGUCGAAAUGGGCAAAGAUUUUGGUGAAAGUUUUGUAAAUGAAAUGAAAGAUAAUGACAAAUUGAUUUUCAAAAGUAGAAUACAAUACAUUGUAGAAUAUGUUGUUAAACAUGGUCUAAUAUAAGUAUACAGAUUU